AUGACAAGUGAGGAGGAUAGUGUUCUUGCCUUAGUGCAUUGCUUUGGGAAAAUUAAAAAAAGCAAAAGCUAUGGUGUGAAGUUCAUUGACAGAGAACCACUGAGUGUGUUCAUCAGUUCGUCAAGCACUUUGUCAGAUCUAAAGAACAGUAUCUUGCAGAAGCUUGGCGUCUUUGGUACCAAGUGGGUGAAGAAGCUAUUCUACAAGAUUCCCAUCGCAGUUGUCUCGACCGCUGUUCAGUAUGAUACCUUUGUGCUAGUGGCUGAUGAAGAUAUUAGGGUUCUGUUCCAUUGUGUUAGGAGUUUUCCAGAGAUCCGAAUUCACGAGUUGUUUGCGAAGUUGGAGAUCGGUGUCGAUAGUUCUGGGGCAUCAGCUCCAGUUCAUAGCUCGACUGCCGCGGGAGGAAUCUUUGAGCAGCCUGACGUCAUGGGCAUCGGUGGUUGCCAAUUACCUUAUAUGCAAGGCUUUGGUGAACCUGAUCGAGUAGAGAAUGCAAUGUGUGACGAUGACUCUGACCAGGAGCCUGUCGAUAUCAUCGGGGACAGCGACGACGACACAGGUGCCAAUCCACAUGCGCAGCAUGGGCCUUCAAGUUCUGCUUCUCAACAGUACCCUCCACACUUCUCCACACUAAACUUGGAGGUUCUGGGUCAACAGGAGGACGGUGGUAACACGGUCGGGGGCUCUUCUACAGAAUUCCAGAUUGGGCAAUCUUUCCAGAAUAAAGAUGAGGCUGUGCUGAGUGUGAAGGACUAUAGCAUCCGGCGAGGUGUUGAGUACAGAGUCAUCGAAUCAGAUCAUCUGAAGUAUCAUGGAAAAUGCAAGCAAUUCGGCAAGGGUUGUACUUGGUUGAUUCGCGUUGCGCUGCGUGCACGAAAGGACACUUGGGAGGUUAGGAGGUACAACGGGCCACACACAUGCUUAGCAACCUCUAUUUCCAGUGAUCACCGUCAGCUGGAUUACCACGUUAUCUGUGCGAGGAUUUUUCCGUUGGUUAGGGCAGAUGCUGCAGUUAUGGUAAAGGUACUGCAACAAGUUACAGAAGCCGAUUAUGGUUUCAGGCCUAGUUACAGGAAGGUUUGGAUGGCGAAGCAGAAGGAAGUGGCACAAAUAUAUGGAGAUUGGGAAGAGUCGUACGCGGAGUUGCCACGUUGGAUGCUAGGAGUACAGUCAACAAUGGCCGGAACAAUAACCGUGUUGAAGACCUCUCCUGUUCGGCUUCGUGGUGAGGUUGAUGAGUCGACGGUGUACUUUCACCGAUUAUUCUGGACAUUCCCACCCUGUAUCGAGGCAUUCCGUCAUUGCAAGCCCCUCGAUGGGAACUCCAACAUCCUCCCCAUUGCAUUCGCCCUUGUGGAAGGAGAAAAUGCAGAGUCGUGGUCAUUCUUCUUGUCCAACCUACGAGAGCAUGUGACUCCUCAGGAGGGUGUCCUUGUAAUCUCUGACAGGCAUAAUGGGAUCAAGGCAGCGCUUGAGGCACCUGAGACUGGGUGGCUGCCUCCACGUGCUUUUCGAGCAUACUGUAUUCGGCAUGUGACAGCGAAUUUUGCCCUAACUUUCAAAGGUAAGGACUCAAGGAGGAUGUUAGUGAAUGCUGCCUACGCAAAGACUGAAGCAGAGUUUUAUUACUAG